AUGUCGACGACGCCGUCCUCGCUCUCGGUGUUACCUGCGAGCGCGGGCGCGCUAUGGUCCAACUGGGCCCUCUCCCUCUUGGCUUUCACCAUCCUGUACUACGACUGGCUUUGCACCCUUCCCGAUGAGAUCACACAUCUCUGGCGCAAGCCGUCUGCGCGCGGCAUACUGCCCAUGUCCUGCUUCUUUGUCUUGCGCUACGGCGCUCUCCUAGGUCAUAUCGCCAUCGCUGUAGAGCUCUUCUCUCUCAGCGUCGGUACAGAGGUGUGUGCCCCUAUGUUGUGUUUCAUUGGCUGGAUUGCUGAGCAAACUUGCGCGAAGCUUCAGACAAUCCACCAGAUCCUCAUCUGCGUGCUUCAACUCUUCUCUGCGCUCACGCUCCUUUUGCGGCUCAACGCUGUCUAUCGGAAGCGUUGGGUUCUUGUAUUCCUCUGUACUAUCAUCGUGGCUAUAGUCAUCUUCGCUAUAUGGGCUCUCAUCAUCCGACCCGCGGGCGAACCACGCAAUGAGUUUCUUGUUGGCGCAGGCACGACACUUCCCGGUUGCAACCCACUUGUCACCGAGAAAGAGUCGCAUCGCAUCGCGGCUGUAUGGGCUGGCAUGCUCAUAUACGAGGUCACCGUUUUCGUACUGUUACUUGCCAAGGGCCUGCAAGAGCACUGGCGUGCUCCGGCUACCCUCUGGCAUACACUUCUUCUCGACGGCGCCCUUUACUUUCUCGCCAUCAGCUUGUCCAAUGUCGCCAACAUUGUGUGCUAUCUGACCGCUACGCCCGUGAUCAAGGGGACGCUCGGAACGCUCACGAACAUCUUGUCUUCCACGCUUGUGUGCCGCCUGGUCAUCCACCUCCGGGUCGCGGCAGCGCGCAUUUCUGAUCAUCGCAUGCGCGCUGCUGUUGGGAGCGAGAUUCGUUUCGUCUCGCCUGCGGAGUACAGACGGGGUUCGGAUCUGCACGGGUUGAGUCCAGCUGGAUCGCCUGGUGACGAGAACCGGGAGAUAUGGGCGGACAGGACCGUUGGAGGGACAGCGGCUGCAUUGGGUCUUGUACGCAAAAAGAUCCCUCCCUUCAAUCGUGAGGAGUCCGAGUACGGUCACGCCGCACCUACCUUCGAAUCCGACGGACGCGUUCGUGAGCUGUCAUAUGAGGUUGCACGAGAGGAGGAAGAGUACGAGCUGGAGGAAUUCACGUUCAGAACCCCAACUGCCAGUGGGAGCAGCUCCGCUGGUCCAUCGAGUGGCCAUACAUACGUCGCGGAUGCCGAACGUGGGCGGGAGGAGGAUGCGAUGGUAGCUCCAGGCGAGAUGUACGACUACGAGCAUCUGCGAGCCAGGAUACCGCCUCACGGUGAGGAUCAGCCGCCGUGA